UCAGCGGCAGCCAUGCGCAUAUGGACCCAGAGGAGGGCCGUCUACAUAAAAUCCCUGGCGGGGUCGGGGGUCUCCAUUCACCCCUUACCAGAGAACUUAACCCAGCCGUUGGAGAUUCGACCUGCUUUCCUGAUUUAUAGUCAACCGAGGAACACUUAAAAAAAACCACAAAAAAAAAACCUUGGAGCCUCACAACUAGUCCCCUCCUCCUCUCUUGACUGUAGGAUUUUGGUGGUGAUGCGGCGGCUGUGUUGCUAGCCCCUAUUUUCGGUAUUUAUUAUCUAAUUGUCGCCGGUUCUACCUCGAGUGAAGACAGCAUUCAGGAUGAAGCUGAAACCCAACCAGACCAGGACGUACGACGGCGACGGUUUUAAGAAGCGAGCGGCGUGCCUGUGCUUCAAGAACGAGCGCGAAGAGGAGGUGUUGUUGGUCAGCAGCAGUCGGCAUCCGGACCAGUGGAUCGUCCCCGGAGGAGGGAUGGAGCCCGAGGAGGAGCCUUGUGGAGCGGCGGUGCGGGAAGUCUUUGAGGAGGCUGGUGUCAAGGGCAAGCUAGGACGUCUGCUUGGCGUGUUUGAGCAAAACCAAGAUCGGAAGCACCGGACCUACGUGUACGUGCUGACCGUCACCGAGACAUUGGAAGCCUGGGAAGACUCGGUCAACAUAGGCCGCAAGCGCGAGUGGUUCACGGUGGACGAGGCCAUCAAAGUGCUGCAGAGCCACAAGCCCGUGCACGCCGAGUACCUGCGGAGGCUUCAGCAGCUCCAGCUCAGCUGCUCGCCCACCAACGGCAACUCCAUCCUAGCCAGCCCGCCGGCCAACGACAACUACCCGCACUACAGCGCCACGGCCACCACGCCUUCCACGGGCAGUACGCUGGCCUCCUCCCGCAGAUAGGACUCCAAUACGUGACGUUUUUGUACAGCCUCGCAUGGAAGCCGAACUCUUCAGCAAGUUGUGUAAAUAGUCUUACCUGCUGGACGGACCAAAGC